UUCCAGGCUGGUGUAGUCGUUGGCCGAUGCACGCUGCUGCUUGACACGGACCACUUAGGCUCGACAAGGGAUCAAUCAAGCCAGUUCCGACAGUAGCCAGCAUAGCGGCAGGGAUGAAUCGGCUGGGCUCCCUGUCUGGCCUGCUCGCGAGGACGGCUCGCAGCUGCAGCAGGCGCUGGGCUUCGGGGUCGCUGGGCCUGCCCGCUGAGUUUGCGGCGGCCGGCGUCGUUGGUCAGGAGGUCGCUGUCCAGGUCCGCAGCCUGCACACCAGCUUGACAACAUGCCAGAGCGCACCAGCUGAGGCCAAGCCUAGUGCCCUGUCUGCCGAGCCUGCCAGGAAGUACCGUCCUCUGGCCGACAAGGAGCUGUGGCACGAAGCCUGGAUGUACGAGGACAAGUUUGGCACUGAGGAGGACCCCAUCGUCGUCCCCUCGCUAGAGCCCGAGCGUAUUAUUGGGGUGACUGAUCCCGAGGACGAGACCCUUGUUGUGUGGGGCGUUCUGAAGGAGAACGAGCCCCCUCGCCAGUUCGUGGAGAACGGCGAGUUCUACGUCCUCAAGCUGGUUGACUAUGUCAAGAAGGUUGGCGACGUUGUCGAGGAGAUUGAGGCCGGGGCUGACAAGGCCAAGCUGGCGAAGUAAACUCCUUGCCUGGAGUAUGGGAGCAGCAGGCGACGCAUUCGUUGUGAAGGGGUUAUUCCCUUUUCGCCGCUCAGCGAGCGCGGCCGUGGCAGCGGAACGACGGGCGCGAGGAGGUGGAUUGUGUUGUUGGCAUGAGCCUGCAUGCACAUCCACGUCCAGCAACGGCAGGUCCUCGUCCGGCUCAGCUCAUGGCUUAUACCGACCUAGUUAGUCAUGUUAGUGUCCUUGAUGAUCUUAAAUAUAUUACUGGUGGAAAGGGGCUAGGGCGUGCGCAUGCGCAGGCCUUGGCACCAGCCCCACUCUGCUCCUGGAAGCUGUUUUCUAUGCGUUUACAGGCCGCAGUGGGGUCCGUGGCGUUCCGGAGCAAAAUGAGUGUUUUGGUGUUACGUGAGCGGUGCUCCACUGGGACGCUGAAAUGCUUCAUGCGUACCAUGGUAACUGCGGUAACGGUAGUUCAGAUGACAGUGAAGAGAACUUGUGCAGGGGGCGGGGUUUGGGCGUCUUACAACGUGUAACCUUUACCUUCACGCUCUUGCUGGAAAUCUUCUCUCG